CUGAUAGAAAAAUGGCGAUGUCCAUUCAAUGUGCAUUGAUAUCCCAGAUAAAGAUGCUACAACUGUUGUUUUGUCUAAGUUAUUUUGUUAUUUUAUCAAGUGCUGUGAGUCGUGAAAAUUUUAAAACAUGUGAACAAAGUGGAUUUUGCAAACGGAACAGGGCCAUGCAGCCAGGCCAGUCACCAUAUAUAGCCUUAAUAGAUUCAUUACAAGUUCAAGCAAAUAGUCUUAACAUUCAAUUAUUAAAUAAAAACAAUAAUGUUAGAUUAAAAUUAGAGGCAUAUGGUCUACAAGAUAAUAUGUUUAGAGUAAAAAUAAACGAACUGUCUCCUAUAAAAGAAAGGUAUGAAAUACCUGUGGGUGACAGUUUGAUAGAAGAGCCUAGGUUACACAAUAUAAACCUGUCUCAGAAAGAUAAAGAUAAAAUAGUUUUCACUAUGGAUUCUAAUAAAGUUGUAAUAUCUGUGGAACCAUUUAGAAUGGAUAUUUAUUCCAAUGAUGAUCCUGUUAUUAGUAUUAAUGCUCAGGGUUUAAUGAAGUUUGAACAUUACAGAAAAAAAGAGAGUUGGUUGAUCAACACUGGUUCAUCAAUAUUUUCAUGGUUUACAAACCAUUUCAGAGAAGCACCGCCUGCUGAAAAUGAAGAAGAAAAACCAGAAGGGGAAGAGAAAAAGGAAGAAGAAAAUGCUGUUGAAACUAAAACUGAGGAAGAACCAGAUAUGUGGGAAGAAACAUUUAAAACUUUUACAGACAGCAAACCGCAUGGUCCAUCGUCCGUGGGUAUUGAUGUAUCUUUUCCUGGUUUUGAAGAUGUUUAUGGAAUACCAGAACAUGCUGAUACUAUGGCCCUUAAAACUACCAAAACAACAGAUCCAUAUAGAUUAUUUAAUUUAGAUGUUUUUGAGUAUGAACUGUACAAUCCUAUGGCUUUAUAUGGUGCAGUGCCUUUAAUGUAUGCUCACAAUGAAAUGAGAACUGUUGGUAUUUUCUGGCAUAAUGCUGCUGAAACAUGGAUCGAUAUUAGUUCUAAUACAGCUGAUAAGUCGGUUUUCUCCCAUAUUGCUGACUUUGUUAAAGGAAAUAAUGAAAUACCCCAGACAGAUACACACUGGUUCUCCGAGAGUGGUGUUAUAGAUAUUUUUAUAUUAUUAGGACCGACACCAUCUAAUGUAUUUAAACAAUAUGCUAGAUUAACAGGAACCACGCCAUUACCUCCUUUAUAUUCAAUAGCAUAUCAUCAGUGUAGAUGGAAUUAUAAUGAUCAGGAUGAUGUGAAAUCGGUUGAUGCUAAUUUUGAUAAAUAUGAUAUACCAUAUGAUGUUAUAUGGUUAGAUAUUGAACAUACAGAUGGUAAAAAAUAUUUUACAUGGGCCCACGAAAAAUUUCCUCAUCCUGAAGAAAUGAUCAAGAAUUUAAGUGUUAAGGGACGUAAACUAGUAACUAUUGUUGAUCCUCAUCUUAAACGUGAAGAUGGAUAUAGUGUAUAUACUGAUGCUAGAGAUAAAGGUUAUUUAGUUAAAAAUAAAGAUGGUAAUGAUUAUGAUGGAUGGUGUUGGCCAGGCUCAUCAAGUUGGCCUGAUUUUACUAGUGCUGAAGUACGGGAAUGGUGGACCAGUAAAUUCUCACUAUCUGAAUAUAAAGGUUCUACACCAGAUCUUAUUGUAUGGAAUGAUAUGAAUGAACCAUCUGUAUUUAACGGUCCUGAAAUUACAUUUCAUAAAGAUGUUAAACAUAUGAAUGGAUAUGAAAACCGAGAUCUUCACAAUAUAUAUGGACUUUAUGUUCAUCAAGCUACUAUGGAUGGUUUAUUAAGAAGAUCUGGAGGAAAAGAAAGAUCAUUUGUUUUAACUCGAGCUUUCUUUGCUGGUUCACAGAGACAUAGUGCGGUAUGGACAGGUGAUAAUAUAGGAGAAUGGUCUCAUCUUAAAGUAUCUAUACCAAUGAUAUUAUCAUUAAAUUUAGCUGGUAUUACAUUCUCUGGUGCUGAUGUUGGUGGAUUCUUUAAAAACCCAGAACAUGAACUCAUAACAAGAUGGUACCAGACUGGAGUUUUUUAUCCAUUUUUACGAGCCCAUGCCCAUCUUGAUACUAAAAGACGAGAACCAUAUCUAUUACCAGAAGAACAUAUGAAUAUUAUACGUGAAGCAUUACGAUUACGUUAUUCCUUAUUACCAUAUUGGUAUACACUCUUCUAUCAAGCAGAACAAGAUGGCUUACCGAUAUUUAGACCACUGUGGGUCGACUAUCCUAAAAGUAAAGAAGUAUUUAGAAUGGAUGAUCAAUUCUUACUAGGAUCGUCUAUAUUAGCUAAGCCAAUCACAGAUCAAGGAACAACAAAUACAAAUGUACAUUUCCCUGGUAGACAUGAUAUAUGGUAUGAUAUUGAUACAUAUGAGGUGUAUGAUGGUGGAGUCACCAAAAAUGUAGCAGCUCCAUUAGAUAAGAUACCAGUUUACCAAAAAGGAGGAUCUAUUAUACCUCGUAAAUUACGACCACGAAGAUCAUCCAGCCUUAUGUAUCAAGAUCCGUUUACAUUGAUAGUUUGUCUAGAUCAACAGGGAAAUGCUAAAGGAGAAAUCUAUCUAGAUGACUAUCAUACAUUCCAGUAUAGGAACGGAGAAUAUUUGCAUCGUGAAUUUACAUUUAACAAUAACAAUUUAUCAUCAAAAAAUAUAGAUCCUAAAGGACAGUUUAAUACAAGAGAAUGGAUUGAAAAAAUUAUCAUAGUUGGUUAUCCAAAGAAUCCUUUAAAUAUUUCUAUUAAAAAUUUUAGUGGUGAAAAUAGUAAAAGAUUGGCUCAUAAAUAUAAUAGUGAAGAAAAGAGUUUAACUAUUAGAAAACCUGGUGUUAAUAUAGCUGAUGUAUGGACAAUUACCAUCGAAUAAUAGUUAUAUAUAAAUAGGCCUGUUAUUAUUGUUUCAUUAUUAUUAUUAUUCAUUGGUUUGUACGUAAUCACAAAUUUCUGUUCAUAUCAUAUUUUGUCUUAUAGUAGACACACACUGUAGAUAUGUUGUGUGAUGUAGAUUUUGGUCAAAAGCUCUGCAUUUCAGUCAUAACAAAUUAUUGCUCUGAAUAUUUACUUUUCUUGAUUUCUUUUAAUCAGUUUUGAUAUUUUGUAUCUCAAUGACGGGGUAAAAUCGAUUAAACUAAUCAAUAUUUUAUGUUCAUAUCUCAACUUAUAUUUCAUAUUAUAUUAGGAUCAUUUUUAAAUAUUAUUCCAUUAAUUUGAUAUUAAUUAAUAUUGUGAAAUUAUUGAGCUUGUGAUAUAUUAAUAAUUGGACGGAUCAUCAGUUGAUAAAGAUGCAUUAUGUAAAAGCUAAAUCUGUUUAUUGCAGGUCUUUUUUUUCUGGCUUCAAAUGUUAUAUUAACUAUUUAUUAUGUAAGAUUUAGAUAAAGAGCUAGCCAUUCUUGCUAUAAUAGUUCGAAAAUAGAUAAGGUAAAAUGAAUAAUUUGGAAAUUUCAUUCAAAUUACUCUAUUUCAAGCGAAGAUAUUAGCCUUUGAAGGCUUGACAUGUGCAAUAAUUUCAACCAACGUACUGGUUGUUCUGAGCUAAGUCUCGCUUCUCCAUUUUUAGCUUAAAUCAAAAUAUGGCUGAACUGUUCUAAUCUAUUUAAUAUCGGAGAAAUCUGAUGCCAUUGAGGGUUGAUUAUGGACUGGAUAAGUUAAUUAAUGUCUAAUUAAUAAUUUAGAAAACAUUUUCGGCCUAAAGAAAGACCUGCAAUAGGCAAAUUUAGCGCUUGCAUAAUGUAUGUUUAACUAUUUAUUAAACAUUUAUUCAUAUGGCGAGCCCAUAAUCAACUAUCUUGGCCUUCAGAUGGCCAAGAUAUUAAAUGGAUUUUAUAAUGGAUAAUAAGGACUAUCAUCACAGUUGUACUUGACCAUCAAGACUAUUAAAGCUAUAGCUUGUCAAAACUUCAAACAUUCAUAACUUUGCUCCUAAUCGAGUAAUUUUACUGAAAUUUUCAAUAUAUUAAUUUACAAUAUCGAUUUUGGAACCAUUAUGGCAAGAACAGCCAGCUUUUAUCUAAAUCUUACAUAAUGCAUCUUUAAAUAUAUACUAGUUGAAAUAUUGUAAUAAAAAACAAACCCAGUGUUCAUCUGAUGUUAUUAAACUGAAAAGUAAAAUUACAGAGUUUCUUCAUUUUAUUUAAUUGGCCAGUUAAAUACGGUUCAUACAAAAUAUGAGCCCAACGGUUUUGUUUAUCUAAUGUGUAUAUGAUAAUAUUAAUUUAAACGGUUAUAUUGGUGCAAAUAAGAGAGUGGUGAUUGGUGUGAUAAACAAAAAUAGUUAUAAAAGGUUUAAGUUGAAUUGGUUCUAACUCUUCUAACGCUUCAUCAGUUAACAUAAUUUAUAGUAAUGUGGUGAAUAUUUGUUUCAUUUAACAUAGAUGUGUGACAUUUGUUUUGUCGAACCUAAAAUUAAAAUGAGUGUGUAAUUAGCUGUGGAACAUGCAAGUCUUUAAAAGUGCAAUACAUUUUAAGAUUAUAAUGUGCAUAGUCGGUCGGUUCACAAAUCAUGUUCAGAAUUUGAAAUGAGAUUGCGUUAAUAAAGGAGAUAGAAGCAAUACAUAGAUUGACUUUACAGAAUCCAGCAGUUAAAAAACGUAACAGUUUCUAAAAAUGCAUUUGUUUCACCUUAUACUAAGAAUUGCCUUGAAUAUUAAUUUUGAUAUUCUAGACUUGAUCAUGUUUGGAUGUAGAUAAUUUAGUAACUUGACAUUCUUAAUCAUUGGAUAGCUGUAUACAUAUCUUCAUCUGGAGUGAUGAUGAUUACUUUCAUUACCAUCCCACAUACACAGUACAUAACUGGAGAUAUUUGCUAUUAGGCCUAAAAGUGAUAAAUUAAAUUUGUCGACACAAAUAGUCACUAUAACAGUAAAGUUUUUAUGAAGUUUACAUGGCUAAUAAACCAUAGUUAAAGCAAUAUACAUAAAAUAAAACUGUUCUACCUACUUAAACCUGUAUUGAUAUUGUGUAAUUAUUAAAUAUAGUGGUGUUUUAAAGAUAAAUAUAUUCAUUGUUAAGUUUAAUCUUAUUGUUAAAUACGGUGAUCAUCUUAUCUGUAAUUUGUGCUUUAAAAAAAAUCAUUGUGCUCAUCAUGGUAUGAAAGAAAAUUUGACUUCUUUGCCAAAAUUUAACCAAAUUUUUGUGUAUGUGAAGAUGUACCUUGUCAAUUUCAAUUUCCUUUAUUUUUACUUUGCUGUUGUUGUCAUGAUAUGAUUUACAAAUCAGAGUUUGCUUGUGUUUCUCUAAGCUGCAAAUUAGAAACCGCAUAUUUAAAAAAAGAAUAUUUAGUAUUUCAACCUUGCAACUAGUUUGAAAUAUUAAAUAUUCUUUUUUAAGAAAAAAUUAACUUUUUUAUUUACAGUGUCAAUCUGUGCUAGAUUUAUUUGUUUUUACAGUUUCGAUCGGUGCGCAGACUCUGCAACAAAUUUUAUAAAUAUGCAGUUUCUUAAAAAAAUAAUAAGAUUAUCUGAAUAUAAAUUUGUACUUGUGAACUAGCUGGUGAUUUGUUAGUAAUGUUGCUUUAUGUUUCUGCCUUACAAAUAGUUUAUAUUUCUGUAUUUAUUUCAUUAUUUUUUUUUUUUUUUUUUUCUUCUGUUUGCUGGUUAAUUAGAAAUUUUUGAAAUAUACAGGGUAAAGUUUGUCAUGUAAACCAGUAAAUAAAUUUUUGUGCCAUAUUUAGUUAAUUUAACAAGUUAAAGUUAAAAAUGUUAUAUAAUGUUGACUAUAUUAUUUGUCACAAAGUAAAAUGUUUACCCAUUCAAAUAUUAAUUCUUGUGUUUACGUAUUAAUGUAUGAAAUAUAUGAUUUGUAAUUUGUAUGAAUGAUAUAAAACUGAUGUAAAUACUGAAAAUAUUGCAAACUACCCAUUAUUAAAGGCAAAGAUGUGAAAUCCAUCCAUACAGUGAUUGAAAUUGUCUAUAUAUAGUACACUCAGCCAUUAAACCCCUCCUGUGUUCUCCAAUAUGUAGUUGAUAAAACCUUACAGAUUAUCCUUAUACAGAUUAGGACAAAUUAGACCACAUACUGGCUGUUCUCCACUUUGCAAAGUGAUUGUUUUGUGCCUAAUGUGGACAUACUGUCUCUUUCAAACAAAUUCACUGGAGUGAAUACUUAAGGAGCAUAAAUCAGUUUUCUGCAAAAUCUGAUUUCUGAUUAUUUUCCUGCAACAUUUGUUGAUUUGGAUUAGUCUACAGAAUAAAAAUAACAAUACAAUUUUUCUCCUGCAGAAAUAUUGCCACCAUUGUUGUUUUCAUUGUUAUAGGGCAACAAAAUUUGCUCAGAGGUCCUUCUGGUUUAGAAUGAAUAAACAAAGUAUUGUGUAAGUGAAGUACCGGUACACACAUUAUGUUAGAACAUACUGAAACAUUUAUUAAAAAAUGGCUGUUGUUUCUGCAAUUAAACUAUUUGUACUUACUACUAAGUAUUACAUUUUAAACAAUAGAUUAUAUUUUGGUAUAUAUAUAAAGGAUAAUUAAACCGUGUAUAUGAAGUAUAACCUAUGUGUAUUGAAGUUGUAUAUUUGAAUAUAUUUAAUCAUGAAUGUACAGAUUAUUACCAUGAGCAUUGAUGUGUAAAAUAAAAAAAAUAUAUUUUAAAUUAAAAGCACAUUGAAAAUUAUCAGCGCAGCAAAGAUUCUCAGUUUCCUUCACAAUCAAAAUUUGCUUGCACAAAAUUUCUUGGCUGCUUUCAUCUAAAAUAACUGUUUAUCAUUGCUGUUUAUAUAUUGUUACUCGUUUGAUUAUGUGUGAAAUAUGUUAUGAAUGAUCAGGAUACAAGUUUAUAAACUUUUUUGAUUAAUUACCAAUCAUGUCAACCAUGCACUAUCAUUGUUGGAGUAAUUUUUCAUUAACAAUAAAAACUGUAGUGAAGAAGAGGA